UAAGAGCUUCAAUAGCCUCCAAACCUUAACUGCAGAAUUAGAAACGGUAAGAGAUACGCUGCUAAGCACAUCACAGACGCUGUAACGAUGGUUGAACGGUUUGUCGGGACAUGGCAGACGGUGGCCAGCGAGAACUUCGAUGAAUUCUUGAAAGAAAUCGGAAUGGGAAUGGCAAUGCGAAAGGCAGCAUGCAUGGUUAAACCGGAGAUGACUGUGAGUGUGGACGCACAAGAUCUGAUAACCCUCACGAUGAAGACUUCUUUUAAAACAAAAGAAUUCCAGUUCAAACUCAACGAGCCUUUUGAAGGAACAUCAGCGAAUGACAAGACUGCAACAAUUGUUGUGACCCUUGAAGGGGGCAAACUUGUGCAGAAACAGACCUGUGAAGGCAGAGAAACAACAAUUGAGAGGGAAAUAGUAGAUGGCAAGUUGAUAAUGACAUGCAAAUCUGGAAAUGUUGUUGCCACGCGAACCUUCCAGAACUGUGUCUGUGUUUUCCAGACCGAGCCGCCCGCCUCCCAAGAAGCCACGCCCCCUUCACAGGGCAGGUUGAAGGCAUCACAGGCCAUAGAGUCUGCCGCCUCUAGGGGGCGCUACCUAGUUCAAAUCAUAGAGGCUGCGGAUAUGGUUGAACAGUUUGUUGGGUCAUGGAAGAUGGUUUCCACUGAGAACUUUGAUGAUUUCUUGAAAGCAAUGGGUGUUGGAUUCGCAAUCCGACAGAUUGCAAGUCGGACUAAACCCAGUUUGAUAGUGACCUUGGACCAAGGAAUCAUCUGCUUGAAAAUGCUCAGUUCUUUCAAAACAACAGAAGUCAAGUUCAAGCUCAACCAAGCUUUUGAUGAAACAACGGCGGAUGGUCGGAACACAACGAACAUCGUGACCCUUGAAAAUGGCAAACUCGUGCAGAUUCAGAGCUGGGACGGCAAGGAAACGACCAUUGAGCGGGAAAUAGUAGAUGGAAAACUAGUUACGAAAUGCAAGAUUGGUAAUGUUGUUGCUGUGAGGACGUUCCAGAGGGAGGCGUGAUUGGACGUCCAGGGUGGCUGACAGGCUCAGACCCAGAAGCACAAACAUCGUUACAGCAAUGGAUCCGGCCCUUUCUCACGAGCCAAACAGCACAGCUCCAGACCUGGCCCAAGCACUCGUCAUCUCCCGCCUCGACUACUGCAACGCGCUGGUGACUGCAUCAUUUUGACUGUUAAACCUGCGUUGUAAUUUUGUGGUUUUGUGGUCUUUUUAUAGUGUAAUACAUUUCAUAAAGCUUUUGAUUUCUUAUCAGUCAGAUGAAGCCUAUAAAUCAUUAAAUCCACCUUAACAAAGCACCAAAUCAAGAAAUAUGAGACCCUCUAUUAACAGAUUAUGGAAAACAUUGUUUUCUUUUGUUAGAAUAUCUUUGAUGUAAUAAAUCCCCUUAAUUUUACCAAGAUAGACAAAGGGAAAGCUCAGAAUGCUCAGCUACAAUUUAUGUGGAAUAAUAGAAAAUCUCCAAUAAUUGUAAUAAACCUGGAUUAAGUUAUGUAUACACCGUGACACAUCUUCGGCCCAUUUACAACAUAUUUUCAAGGAGUAGUCAUAUUUUGUAUAUAUUUACAUCUUGAACGAAAUGUAUGCUUAAAAUGAUAAGAAUUUAAUAUAUACAAUGUCAAAGGAAAAUUAAAAAUACAGCACGUCAAUGAUAAGGAAACAAAAUAAACUACAGGCAACAACGUU